AUGAAUUGUGGUCCGUCUACUGGUGGCUAUUUGAAACCGUUAUGUAAUGUUCAUUUACAAUCUCACAGCAUUAUCAAAAAUAGUUUAUCGAUAGCAAUACGUGAAGAACAAGCGACAAUCAAUUCAACAGACCAAGGAGAAAGCCAGAUAAAAUUCGAUAAUAUCCCUCCAGGUUCAGCACAAUGUCAUCCUUUAAGUAGUGAGUCGGAAAUCGAAGUCGGAGAAGAUAAAGAGCCAAUCAAUGAAUACAGUUCGUUGACAGCCCCAAAUGAUGAAUCUUCAUCUGCAACCCCGCCAAUGACUGAGCCUCGGAAGCUGCAUUCAGUCGCAGAUAUUGAGUCGAUUGAAUCUCAAAAAGUUUUUUCUCCUGCUAUGAGUGAAUCGGGGAUCACUGACAUUUCAACAACAGAACACCGAGCAGCAUAUCGUUUAAAGUUACACAUUCCGAAUGCGAAAGCUCUGACAAAAUUAGUUGCCGCUCGGUUAGAUCUUCCAAGUUCUCGAAAAGUACUCGAGAAAUUUCCGUUCGAAGUUGUUAAACGCUGUUAUGAAGAUCAGUUUCGUUUGAAACAUGAUGAUUUUGUAACUGACUGCGAUCUGCUAUUGGCGUGUACUAUUCUGGCGAAACAAAUUCAGCACAUCGGUGGUAAAAUAGAAAAUAUUGUUAUUCCAAGUAUCCAAUAA